AUGUAUGAAACUGAAUUUUUAUUAAAUAAAAAUUUAUCAAUGACAAAUCUAACAUCACCUGAAUCUUUACUUCCUGAUAUGGAAUCAAAUUCAUCUUUACCUCGAUGGUUACUUGUUCCAUUUAUGAUUAUAUCGAUUAUUGAAAGUAUACUUGGUAUUGUUGGAAAUAGUCUUGUUAUUAUUGUUAUAUCAUGUGUUGGAAAAUCAAAUAUUUUACAUAUACCAUAUAAUAGUUUUAUUGUUAAUUUAGCAUUAAGUGAUUUAGUUUUAUGUUUAUUUACAAUGCCUUUAAAUACUUAUCGAAGUUUAAAUAUAUAUAUGACAUUUCCACCUGCAUUUUGUAAAUUAGCUGAUAGUUUUCCAGCAAUAAAUGUUUGUGUGUCAUCUUUAACUAUUGUUGCAAUAUCAAUUCAUCGUUAUUUAGUUGUUUGUUAUCCACAUAAAAAAUUAAUUGGAUCAUUUCUAACAUUUCUUAUUAUGAUUAGUAUUUGGUUAUUAGCUAUUGGUGCAGCUAGUCCACUUUUUAUAUAUUCAUUAUCAUCACAAGUUUAUGAUGAUGGUUUUAUUGGAAUUAUAGCCAAUUAUUUAUGUACAAAUUCAAUGAAUGAUUCAUGUAAAGAAAAUCAAUAUAAAAUAUAUCAACGUUUUCAUGUUUGUCAUGAAUCAUGGCCGAAAUAUGGAAAUUGGCGUCUUGUAUAUACGAUAUUUAUGUUUUUUCUUCAAUUUAUUCUUCCUAUUUCGAUUAUUUGUAUAACAUAUUAUCAAAUUAUGGUUAAAUUAAGAGAACGUUUUCGAUAUCGAUUUUUAAUAAAACGUCACAAUAUUGCUUCAUUACGUAUUGAAGUUCGACGUCAACGACGAAAUAAUGUUCUUCUAUUACUUAUUGUAUCAUCAUAUGCAAUUAGUUGGUUACCAUUUAAUAUAUCUUAUACUAUAUUUACGCAUGUUAAUAAAUAUGAACAUAAAUCAGACAAUAAUCAUACACCUUCUCGUGAACAAGUUAAUGAUUUAUCAAAAUAUCUUCCAUUACGUUUUCUCAUAUGUAUGAUAUCAGCAAUAGCAAAUCCAUUUUUAUAUGGUUAUUAUAAUGAAACAUUUAAAGAUGGGUUAGAAAAAAUCUUUUCUAUAUGUUGUCCACAUUUAAAUCGAGAUAUUAAUAAAAUAUAUUAUGAUCAAUCUGGUGUUCCAUCAUUACAAGUAACACUUAACAAAAAUUCAAAUAAGGAUUCAUUAUCAAAAGCAAAUUAUUAUCAAUCAUCAUCACAAGAAUGUUCAAAUAAUAAUGUUUCAAUUCGUUCAUCAACUCGAUUAACUAUAACAAAUACAAAUCGUUUAUCAACUUGUUUAUUAUCAACUAAUUAA